AUGCGUCUAUGGUCCGUGCAAACGGGGAAAUGCCUCUACCGAUGGGAGUUCCCUACAGCAGUGAAGCGGGUGGCAUUCAGUGAGGACGACGACCAGGUCGUCUGUAUCACUGAGCAGCGGAUGGGGCACCAAGGCGCGGUGCGGAUAUUCAGCAUUAACAGGGACGACGACGGCACCAAUCAGUCGAAAGAGCCCACGUCGAUGUUCCAUCCAGUCGGUUCGAAAGCGACGCUGUGUGCGUUCGCGCACACGCCCGACCUCAUCCUGAUGGGCCACGAGUCGGGCAAGGUCGCUCUUUUUGACGCGAAAACCGGCGAUGAGGUCAACUCGAACGAGCGCGCACACAUGGAUCUUGUCACAGACAUGCAGCUGAGUCCUGAUCGUUCGUAUUUUGUCACGAGCAGCAAGGACAAGACGGCGCGGUUACACGAGACCAGGACGCUGAUGGUGAUGAAGACAUACUCGACCGAGACGCCGCUCAACAGCGCAGCGAUCGCAUUAGGGAAGCCUUAUGUGCUCCUCGGGGGUGGUCAGGAUGCGAUGAGCGUGACAACAACAUCCCUGCGACAAGGAAAAUUCGAAACGCGCUUCUGGCACAAAAUCUUCGAGGAGGAGGUCGGGCGGGUCAAGGGUCACUUUGGGCCUAUCAACACGUCAGCUCUUUCUACCCUCGGUUCUCUGCUUGUCACCCACUUACGCCGUAUCGUCCAUAGCAUUGCGGUCUCCCCAAAAGGCGACUGCUUCGCGUCCGGCGGAGAGGAUGGCUUCGUGCGCGUGCAUCACUUCGACGAGAGCUACUUCCGCGCCAAGCCGUAUGGUGACCUCGAGAUCGCGGACUAG